AUGUAUAAGAGAGACGAUUACAUCCGAAACAAACCCGACGCUGUCUUUUCCAAAUGGCAGGGUUUUGCUCGAUCCAUGCUUCUCCCUAAACCCUUUCCAGAAACUGCAGAGCUUCGGAGGAAUGUAGCUGACUACUCCUUGAUCUCUCGUGGUUUAGCUCCAAAGAUUCUAGUAGGAGCUAAGGAUAGGGAAGAUUUGAGAGUGGGAAAAGAUGUUGUAGGUAGAUACAGAGGCCAAGAAUCUAUCCAAGGUCUAGGUGUAGCUGUUAAAAUUCAUGACGUUAACGCUUCUCUUGGUCAAACCGAAAACAUUAGAACUCGGCUACGGUCUUAUGGUAGAUCUGUUCCCCAGUUUAUGAGCCCAAGAGAACAGGUUGUGUCUCAAACGAUUACUCAGAAGAAAAGUGGCAACAGAAGCAAAGAGGAGAAGCAUGGUUUUGCAGAAGAGAGAGAUGUCAACUGUGUUGAAGCUAAGGAGAAUAUUAAUAAUAAUGUUCAUGCAUCGGUACUUAGACUCAGUAGGUCCAGACCUCAACCGGUUUUAGAGAGACAUGACGACGUUGUUGAUGGGUCUGAUUCUGCUACUGUUUGUGGAGUCUUACAAGAAGAUGGCACUACUUGCUCAACAGCUUCAGUCAUAGGAAGAAAGAGAUGCACAGAGCAUAAAGGGCAGAGAAUCUCAUGCGUUCCUCCCGUUAAAAAAACACAGUGUGAAGUUCCUACUGCAAGAGAAGAAUGUGAAGAGAACGAGGAGAUAUGUGGAGUGAUUUUACCUGACAUGGUACGUUGCAGAAGCAAACCUGUUUCAAGGAGAAAACGAUGUGAGGAUCACAAGGGAAUGCGAGUCAAUGCCUUCUUCUUUCUGCUCAACCGAACAGAACGUGAUAAAAUCCUCAAAGAGGAAAAGUCCAAACCGGAGACACGUACAAGCUCAAUGAACCAAGAGGAACCAGGUCAGAUUCUUUUAUGUGAAGCUACAACGAAGAAUGGCCUGCCUUGUACGAGAAGUGCUCCUAAAGGAAGCAGAAUAUGUUGGCAGCACAAAGAUGAAACUCUGGACCACAAAUCAUCUGAAAAUGUUCAGACAUCAGCAACAGUAUCUCAAGUAGUCUGCGGUGUAAAGCUGUACAAUGGAUCAGUAUGCGAGAAACCUCCAGUAAAAGGGCGGAAGAGAUGCGAAGAGCACAAGGGUAUGAGAAUCACAUCUUGA